AUGAAGGUGCGUUCCUCUGUGAAGAAGAUGUGUGAGUUUUGUAAGACGGUUAAACGUCGCGGGCGUGUUUAUGUGCUUUGCACAGCCAAUCCCAAGCAUAAGCAAAGACAGGGCAUGUCAACAUUUGCAUACGAAGGCACGGUGUCUUCCAUGUACGCCGAGACUAGUGCCAAGCUGGAGAACAGCUCUGGUCACAGCGUGCAAGCAGGUCUGGCCUCUCUGAUACCCAAAAAGCAUGAACCCUCGAUGCCCUCUAUACCCUCUACGAUACUUGGAUGGAGGGUGGGCCUGGCCUCCCUGCUGUUCAACAAGGCCAAAUAG